CGGCGGAACCUGGGGCGAGGAAGGAGCGGCCUCGUAUCCAUGCCGUGAGCUGCCCCGGUCUCGGAAGGCUGGACGGGAGCGUCCCCGAGGAAGCGCCGGCUGUGUGGAAGAAAAUGUCAGUCAGCAUGCAUGAGAAUCGCAAAUCUAGAGCCAGCACUGGCUCCAUAAACAUAUAUCUGUUCCACAAAUCUUCAUAUGCUGAUAGCGUUCUCACUCAUCUAAACCUUCUGCGCCAACAACGUCUUUUUACGGAUGUGCUUCUCCAUGCUGGGAGCAAGUCAUUCCCUUGCCAUAGAGCUGUCUUAGCUGCUUGCAGUCGAUACUUUGAAGCCAUGUUCAGUGGAGGACUCAAGGAGAGCCAAGCCAGUGAAGUCAACUUCCAUAAUUCCAUCCACCCAGAGGUUCUAGAACUUCUCUUGGACUAUGCAUACUCCUCAAGGGUCAUCAUCAAUGAAGAAAAUGCUGAGUCUCUUCUGGAGGCUGGAGACAUGUUGGAGUUUCAAGACAUCAGAGAUGCUUGUGCAGAAUUCCUGGAGAAAAAUCUCCAUCCUACUAACUGCCUCGGCAUGCUGCUUCUGUCUGAUGCUCACCAGUGUACCAAACUCUAUGAGCUCUCUUGGAGGAUGUGCCUUAGCAACUUCCAGGCUAUCAGCAAAAGCGAAGAUUUUCUCCAGCUCCCAAAAGACAUGGUUGUGCAGCUCCUGUCUAGUGAAGAAUUGGAGACUGAAGAUGAGCGUCUGGUGUAUGAGUCUGCCAUGAAUUGGAUUAACUAUGAUCUGAACAAACGCUACUGUUAUCUACCAGAACUGUUGCAGACGGUGAGACUGGCCCUUUUGCCAGCCAUCUAUCUGAUGGAGAAUGUGGCUACCGAGGAGCUUAUCACCAAGCAGAGGAAGAGCAAAGAGAUUGUUGAAGAAGCAAUAAGGUGCAAGUUGAAGAUUUUGCAGAACGACGGUGUAGUCACCAGUUUGUGUGCGAGGCCUCGAAAAACUGGCCAUGCCCUAUUUCUUUUAGGAGGACAAACCUUUAUGUGUGACAAGUUGUACCUGGUUGACCAAAAAGCAAAGGAGAUCAUCCCCAAAGCUGACAUCCCAAGCCCAAGGAAAGAGUUCAGUGCAUGUGCUAUUGGCUGUAAAGUCUAUAUUACAGGUGGCCGGGGAUCCGAAAACGGCGUCUCUAAAGAUGUUUGGGUGUAUGAUACGCUUCAUGAAGAGUGGUCCAAGGCUGCUCCCAUGCUAGUAGCUCGGUUUGGACACGGUUCUGCUGAACUCAAACACUGUCUAUAUGUUGUUGGAGGGCACACAGCAGCCACUGGUUGCCUCCCAGCUUCUCCUUCAGUAUCCUUAAAGCAAGUAGAACAGUAUGAUCCUGUGACCAACAAAUGGACAAUGGUCGCUCCACUUCGAGAAGGAGUAAGCAAUGCAGCUGUAGUCAGUGCAAAGCUGAAGCUGUUUGCCUUUGGCGGUACCAGUGUCAGCCAUGAUAAGCUACCCAAAGUUCAGUGUUACGACCUUUGUGAAAACAGAUGGACAGUACCAGCCACCUGCCCCCAGCCAUGGCGAUACACAGCUGCAGCUGUUCUGGGCAACCAGAUCUUUAUUAUGGGUGGAGAUACUGAAUUCUCCGCAUGCUCGGCUUAUAAAUUCAACAGUGAAACUUACCAGUGGACUAAAGUGGGAGAUGUUACAGCUAAGAGAAUGAGCUGCCAUGCAGUAGCGUCGGGAAACAAGCUGUAUGUUGUUGGGGGAUAUUUUGGCAUCCAGAGAUGCAAGACGCUAGAUUGCUAUGACCCCACUUUAGAUGUAUGGAACAGCAUAACCACAGUGCCCUACUCCCUAAUUCCCACUGCAUUUGUGAGCACAUGGAAGCAUCUCCCUUCUUAACUGCAUGGGUGCCUAUACAGCUUGUUCCAUUAUUUGGUGAAGAAAUGUUGGAACUGUGGAGAAGCAGCUUUAAUGAAGAAGAAAAAAACUGUUCCUUUUUAUUUUGAGUUUGAAGAAAAUAUUCUGCACCUUCUAAAUUCUUAAAAAGUUGGAAAUGAAGGAAUGGGAGGGAGAAUAUUGUCUUCAGUAUAUCAGCACAUAGUUUAACUAUGAAUGAAUGAACGAACCUAUGAUCCGAUCCCUGUGUUAGUAAUUGUGGAUUAAUGUCAAGUUUAAUCAGCCCUUCAAAGCGGGGGGAAGCUGAACUUUUCAGAGCUGCACAACACAGCACAAACCCUCGAUUUUCAUGGACUUUGCUGUUUGUGUGCAAAAUUUGAAAUGGUUGUCACCUCUCCUUUGUGACAGCUUGAAGUGUCAGCAGCAGCUGCUGAGGAAAUGGGCCAGGUCUGGAGCAGCAAGAUGUCUUUGUGAAUGAAGAUGCAGCUGUAUCCCCUGCCACAGGGAAGGGCUUGUUCUCUUAGGCAGUGCCUGGAGCAUCGGUUCAAAUUGCUGAGCUGCAUUGUUGUAGCUGCAGCGAGUGACCUUCUACUUGCUAAGGAGCAGCACACCUAUUAAAAAAGAGAGAGAGAAAGGAGGUUUUUUGCAGCAUUUUGUGGGCGAAGGGAAAUAACUCCAUUUUCCCCACUCCCCACGCAUAUGAUUUCCUCUUGUAUUUAUUAAUUACGACUGUCCUACUCUUAAAUUGUUACUUGUUGUAGAUAUAGCUAUUUAUUGUUCAGUGCUUGCAUGCGGAGGGAACGAUGCCUACAGUUGUCUUUUAAGGGCUUAUGUGAAUCGUAUGUUUUGCACAUUCUGUGGUCUUGUGACUUGCUGUGCUGCACAAGAAGAAAAAGUGCUGAGUAAUAUUUAGGGAGAGGAGAAAUGAGGUAAGGAGUCAGAAAUUGAAGGAUUACAAAGUAGCAUCUUAAAUUACACGUAUACUGAAGGAGGAAGCCAUGGAGGUCACUUUCUCAGGCCACUGUUUUGUGUGGCUUGCCAGUGGUAUCCCUGUUACACUUGAUUUGCCUAGUGUUACCUUUUUUUUUUUUUGAAGGAACUCACCUGGAAGUAGCCACUGUCACUUAACAGUUUUCUUCUUGUGCAGCCUCAUCGCUACUGGAAAAGGGGUGUGUGUGGAAAGCCCCUGCAGAAUCAAUUUACACAGAGCCCUGUUCAUGGCAUUAUCCAACAUUUUAUUUUUGUUUAUUUAUUUAUUUAAAGUUAGCCGAUGGGAUGUCUACUAUGGACCCACUUCAUCCAACCAUGGGAAGUAUUUUUGAUUCAGAGAU